UUCUGGGGUUGCCCUGCGCACUGCCUGAAUCCCCGAGGUUGGGUAGGGAGGAGAAGCCUCAAGAUGACCGUCCACAACCUGUACAUCUUCGACAGGAACGGAGUCUGCCUCCAUUACAGCGAGUGGAACCGCAAGAAACAUGCUGGCAUCUCGAGGGAGCAAGAAUACCAGCUAAUGUAUGGAAUGCUGUUCUCCAUCCGAUCCUUUGUCAACAAGAUGUCUCCUGUUGAUUUCAGAGAUGGUUUCCUUUCUUUUCAGACGAGCAAAUACAAGCUGCAUUAUUAUGAGACCGCAACGGGCAUUAAAAUCAUCAUGAACACAGACCUAGGGGUCGGGAACAUCCGAGACAUUCUCAGUCAGAUCUACAGCACGAUCUUUGUGGAGCUGGUGGUGAAGAACCCUCUGUGCAGUAUGAACGAGCCUAUUCAGAGCGAACUGUUCCGCACCAAACUGGACAGUUUUGUCCGUGGCCUGCCAUUCUUCUCUGCACGCGCAGGCUGAACUCGGCCCCUGGUCCGAUUAACGGCGACGGUGGUUUAGAAACGCUGAGGAAACGACCACGAGAAACUGCAAAGUCCUGAACGGAAUCCGUUCCAUCAUGUCUAGCCAGAGCUGAAUUUUCACUCCCGUUGCAGAUUCAGACUUGUGUUUGCCCGCCCCCCACCACUCCCCGUCUCACACACACACACACACACACACACACACACACACACACACACACACACACACACACACACACACACACACACACACACACACCCCCCACACCCCGGCCACCCCCACUCCCAGUCCUCGCCUAGCUCAUAUUCUCAGCCCUCCUUGCUGUGCUCUGGUUCCUAUGACUACAGCCUAAUGACUGUUGGUGGAGGGAAGCAAUUUGUGGUGGUUUUUCAGUUACAGAACUGUUUCUGGAAGUUUCUCCCUGUUAAUUUAUAGAAUAAAUCUGGCCGAUGGGGCAGUGUAUUCGUCCAA